GGAGGCGGAGCCUAGAGGGCCACACCCUCCGGGCACCCGGGGUUCCGACGGGUGUGCUGUGACCCACCUACCUCGGCAGAGCCAUGGCGGCGUCUGCCGGGUCCGCGCGGGCUUCGCCCAGCUCAGGUAAAGUACACAAAGAUAAGGCUGGACAGACCUCAGGGUCCAGGCAGGGCAGCCGAAUGGGGAAACUCCUAGGUUUUGAAUGGACAGAUUUGUCCAGUUGGCGGAGGCUGGUGACCCUGCUAAAUCGACCAACAGAUCCUGCCAGCCUGGCUGUCUUUCGUUUUGCCUUUGGGUUCUUGAUGGUGCUGGACAUUCCACAGGAGCGGGGGCUCAGCUCCCUGGACCGGAGAUACUUGGAUGGGCUGGACGUGUGCCGCUUCCCCUUGCUGGAUGCCUUGCGCCCACUGCCCCUUGACUGGAUGUAUCUUGUCUACACCAUCAUGUUUCUGGGGGCACUGGGCAUGAUGCUGGGCCUUUGCUACCGGAUAAGCUGUGUGUUAUCCCUGCUGCCGUACUGGUAUGUGUUUCUGCUGGACAAGACGUCAUGGAACAACCACUCCUAUCUGUACGGUUUGCUGGCCUUUCAGCUGACAUUCACGGAUGCAAACCACUACUGGUCUGUGGACGGCCUGCUGAGUGCUCGCAGGAGGAACGCCCACGUGCCCCUCUGGAACUACACAGUGCUGCGUGGCCAGAUCUUCAUCGUGUACUUCAUUGCGGGUGUGAAAAAGCUGGAUGCAGACUGGGUUGAAGGCUACUCCAUGGAAUACCUGUCCCGGCACUGGCUCUUCAGUCCCUUCAAGCUUGUGCUGUCCGAGGAGCUGACCAGCCUGCUGGUGGUGCACUGGUGCGGGCUGCUGCUUGACCUCUCGGCUGGUUUCCUGCUCUUCUUUGACGCCUCCAGACCCGUCGGCUUCCUCUUCGUGUCCUACUUCCACUGCAUGAAUUCCCAGCUCUUCAGCAUUGGGAUGUUUCCCUACGUCAUGCUAGCCAGCAGCCCCCUUUUCUGCUCCCCUGAGUGGCCACGGAGGCUGGUGUCACACUGUCCUCAAAGGCUGCAGGAACUGCUCCCCCUCAAGGUUGCCCCUCAGCCCAGCACGUCCUGUGUGUAUAAGAGGGGCCGGACCAAAGGUGGCCAGAAGCCAGGGCUGCGCCAUCAGCUUGGAGCUGCCUUCACCCUGCUCUACCUCCUGGAGCAGCUCUUCCUGCCCUACUCCCAUUUCCUCACCCAGGGCUACAACAACUGGACCAAUGGGCUGUACGGCUAUUCCUGGGACAUGAUGGUCCACUCGCGCUCCCACCAGCAUGUGAAGAUCACCUACCGUGAUGGGCGCACCGGCGAGCUGGGCUACCUCAACCCUGGGGUAUUCACACAGAGCCGGCGCUGGAAGGAUCAUGCAGACAUGCUGAAGCAAUAUGCCACUUGCCUGAGCCGCCUGCUUCCCAAGUACAAUGUCACUGAGCCCCAGAUCUACUUUGAUAUUUGGGUCUCCAUCAAUGACCGCUUCCAGCAGAGGAUUUUUGACCCUCGUGUGGACAUCGUGCAGGCCACUUGGUCCCCUUUCCAGCCCACGCCCUGGCUGCAGCCACUCUUGAUGGACCUGUCUCCCUGGAGGGCCAAGUUACAGGAAAUCAGGAGUAGCCUGGACAACCACACCGAGGUGGUCUUCAUUGCAGACUUUCCUGGGCUGCACUUGGAGAAUUUUGUGAGUGAAGACCUGGGCAACACUAGCAUCCAGCUGCUGCAGGGGGAGGUGACUGUGGAGCUGGUGGCAGAACAGAGGAACCAGACUCUUCGGGAGGGAGAGAAAAUGCAGUUGCCCGCUGGUGAGUACCAUAAGGUGUACACGGUGUCGCCUAGUCCUUCUUGCUACAUGUACAUCUACGUCAACACCACAGAGCUCGCGCUGGAGCGAGACCUGGCGUACCUCCAAGAAUUAAAGGAGAAGGUGGAGAAUGGAAGUGAAACAGGGCCUCUGCCUCCAGAGCUGCAGCCUCUGUUGGAAGGGGAAGUGAAAGGGGGCCCUGAGCCAACACCUCUGGUUCAGACCUUUCUUAGACGUCAGCAAAGGCGCCAGGAGAUAGAACGCCGGAGAAACGCCCCUUUCCAUGAACGACUCCUCCGCUUCUCAUUGCGAAAGCUCUAUGUCUUCCGCCGCAGCUUCCUGAUGACUUGUAUUUCACUGCGAAAUCUGGUAUUAGGGCGACCUUCCCUGGAGCAGCUGGCCCAAGAGGUGACUUAUGCAAACUUGCGACCCUUUGAGCCAGUUGAAGAAAGUCCUUCAAACACAGAUUCUUCAAAUCCUAAUCCUCUUGAGCCACAUUCUGAUCCUAUCCACUCAGAAUUCUGAGGGGGGCCUCUUUGGUAUAGCUAUGGCAACAGUGAGUCACAGGCUCAUUACCUAUGCAGUGGACAAUAAUUUGAAAAGACUGGCUCAAAGGGCUGUGUGAAGUCAGUUGGAAUCCACAUGGCCAGCUAUGUGGUUUGAGUCCUGGACCCAGCUGCUUGAAAAACAUGCUGGGAGUGGCAUGUGCACUUGCAAGCAUGCCCAGAAUCCUGACGGAAUAGAGGGAUUGCACUAUGACCAUCUGCCCUUGGGGGUGUUUUCUCACUUUCCCUCCCUAGCAAAUUAAAAAAGAAAAAAAUUAUCUCAUUUUUAAACUUUU